UGCAACUUCCUUUUCCUGUACAGCCAACAUGGCGGACAAAGACAAGAGCAAGAAGAAAGAGAAGAAACAGAAUGUUAUGAGAGAGCUGAGGAUCCAAAAGCUCUGCCUCAACAUUUGUGUGGGAGAGUCUGGUGACAGACUGACACGAGCAUCAAAGGUGCUGGAACAGCUGACUGGCCAGCAGCCUGUCUUCUCUAAAGCCCGCUACACUGUCAGGUCCUUUGGCAUCAGAAGAAACGAAAAGAUUGCUGUACAUUGCACCGUGAGAGGAGCCAAAGCAGAGGAAAUUCUGGAGAGAGGACUCAAAGUUAGAGAAUAUGAAUUAAAAAAGAACAACUUUUCUGACACCGGAAACUUUGGGUUUGGUAUUCAGGAACACAUUGAUUUGGGAAUCAAAUACGACCCCGGCAUUGGUAUUUACGGAAUGGAUUUCUAUGUUGUGCUAAGUCGACCAGGUUUUAACAUUGCCUACAGACGACAGAGAAAAAGUAAGAUAGGCCCACAACAUAAAAUCUCAAAGGAGGAAGCCAUGAAAUGGUUUCAACAGAAGUAUGAUGGUAUCAUUCUUCCCGGAAAGUAAAGACUGUAUGAGUGAAGAAAAAAAUAAAAUAUGUCCUGGUCGAAGGAAAUAAA